UUCAUUUGACCACAGAAAGCGCACGCUCAUUGCAGAUUUGCAGUUUAUUAUUUUUUCUAAACAAGUAUUACAAGUUGAAAUAUAAAUAGCAUAGCUCCACAUUCACAUAUUAGCUUCCAUUGACAAAUUUUCUUUCUAUCAUUUCUAUACACGUAAAUCUGUUGGUGCUUUCGCAUUGGUCAUUUUGAUCCAAGAAACCAAAUCAUUUAUAGUUAGAACUUAGAAGAUGACAAUCACAGCCACCCCUAGCAUCAAAGAUGGCUGCCUCAUGCUUAGGGGCAAGGUGGUUUUGACUGGAGUUUCUCAGAAUGUUGUUGUUUCUCCGGCAAACUCCGGCUCAGCUUUCAUUGGCGCAACUUCUACAACUCCCAGUUCUCGCCAUGUUUUCACUCUUGGUGUGCUUCAGGGAUAUAAGUUUUUGUGUCUGUUUAGAUUCAAAAUCUGGUGGAUGAUACCACGCGUUGGGAGAUCCUGUAGUGAAAUUCCCACGGAGACUCAAAUGCUUCUCUUGGAAGCAAGAGAAGACUCUGCCCUGCACGAUGAGGCUUCUUCUGAUUCUGCUUCAGAAGACACCUUCUACAUUCUUUUGUUGCCUGUGUUAGAUGGACAAUUCAGGACAACUUUGCAAGGGACUCCGGCGAAUGAGCUCCAGUUCUGCAUCGAGAGUGGAGAUGCCAAUGUUCAAACCUCUCAAUCCUACGAGGCAGUUUUUAUGAAUUCAGGAAACAAUCCAUUUGAGCUCAUCAAGGAUUCCAUCAAGAUAUUGGAGAAGCACAAGGGUACUUUCAGUCGCAUUGAAAACAAGAAGAUCCCUGCACAUUUAGACUGGUUUGGAUGGUGCACAUGGGAUGCUUUUUAUACAGAAGUCAACCCCCAAGGAAUCAAAGAGGGCCUUCAGAGUUUUCUGGAAGGUGGAUGUUCACCAAAAUUUCUUAUCAUUGACGAUGGAUGGCAAGAGACAAUAAAUGAAUUCCACAAAGAAGGUGAACCACUAAUAGAGGGGACACAGUUUGCCACCAGAUUGGUAGACAUCAAAGAAAACAACAAGUUCAAGAGUUCAAACUCUAAUAGCACAUGCAUAGAUCUCCAUGGGUUUAUUGAUGACAUCAAGGAGAAAUAUGGACUAAAAUAUGUUUACAUGUGGCAUGCUUUGGCUGGUUACUGGGGAGGUGUUCACCCAUCAUCUGAGAUAAUGGGAAAAUACAACCCAAAGCUUGCUUAUCCAAUUCAGUCACCCGGUAAUAUCGGGAAUCUCAGGGACAUUGCCAUGGACAGUUUGGAGAGAUAUGGAGUUGGAAUUAUUGAUCCCCAGAAGAUCUUUGAUUUUUACAAUGAUCUCCAUGGCUACCUUGCUAGCAGUGGGGUAGAUGGGGUGAAGGUUGAUGUUCAGAAUUUGAUAGAAACCUUAGGUUCUGGAUAUGGCGGACGGGUGUCAUUGACUAGACGGUAUCAACGAGCACUUGAACAAUCCGAAGCCCGGAACUUCACAGACAACAACCUGAUUUGCUGCAUGAGUCACAACUCUGACUCAAUUUACAGUUCAAAGAUGAGUGCAGUUGCAAGAGCAUCGGAGGAUUUUAUGCCAAGAGAGCUAAAUCUCCAGACCUUACAUAUUGCUUCUGUGGCUUUUAACAGUCUUUUACUGGGGGAAAUUGUGGUGCCAGAUUGGGACAUGUUUCACAGCAAACAUGAAUCAGCAGAGUUCCAUGCUGCAGCAAGAGCAUUGGGUGGGUGUGCAAUAUAUGUAAGUGACCAGCCAGGCAUUCAUGACUUUAAAAUCCUUAAAAAGCUUGUGCUUCCUGAUGGGUCUAUCCUAAGAGCUAGACAUGCCGGCCGUCCUACUCGAGAUUCUUUAUUUAAAGAUCCUGUCAUGGAUGGAGAAAGUCUGCUGAAGAUAUGGAAUUUGAAUAAAUUAUCUGGAGUCGUAGGUGUGUUUAACUGCCAAGGAGCUGGAAGUUGGCCAUUGAAACAUGCAGCUGAAGAUGUGCCUACCACACCAUCUCCACCUUCAUCCAUUUCUGGCCAUGUUAGUCCCCUUGAUGUUGAAUUUCUCAAAGAGGUUGCAGGCGAAAAUUGGAAUGGAGAAUGUGCAGUAUAUGCUACCAAUUCAGGAAUUCUUUCUAAGUUAUCAAAGAAAGGAAAUCUCAAAGUAUCCUUGGCCACUCUUCAAUGUGAAAUAUAUACCAUCUCUCCUAUUCGGGUUUUUGGUCAGAAUCUUCUGUUUGCUCCAAUAGGGCUGCUUGACAUGUACAACACAGGAGGAGCUGUGGAAGCAAUGAAUUACAUCAGGGAUCAUUCUGAAUGCAGAAUAAAAAUAAAAGGCAAAGGCUGUGGCCGAUUUGGAGCCUUCUCAAGCACUAAACCGAAGUGUUGUAUCGUGGACAUGAAGGAAGAAGAAUUCACCUACAAUGCUCAAGAUGGACUAUUGACUGUCAAACUUGAUGGUGAUUGUAAUUUAAGAGAGAUUGAAUUUGUAUACUGAGUGUCAUAUGCAUGUUCAAGGUAAUUUGAGAAACGAAGAAUUGCUGCAUCUCCCAAGGACUGAUUUAAAUGUUGCAUUAGUGGUUAUAAAGCAGAAGGUACAUUUCAUAUUUGCGCCGAUAAAUUGAAAACCCAGAUAAAAUCUGUUAUGCAUAAAAAGUCAUGCUUAUGUCAGCUCAAUAAAUGUCUUUUUGUACUAGCUGUCAAACUCAUACCUCCUCAAAGAUAUUCAUA